ACCGCGGCCACCGCUGUGGCCGCCAACGCCGCCCUUGCAGCGCGCGCGCACUGCCCAAGCGCCCACCGGCGCUGGCGGCACCCGGCCGCGCUGCCCGGGCCCCGCCGGCGGCUGCCCUGCGUGGUUUCCCCUGGGCGACCUCGGCGGUGGGCGGGUGCCCUGCGUGAGGGUGGCAGCACGGUUUGGGAUUUGGGUUGUUCUCCGAGGACGUCUCGGGCCCAGGGGCGGCCAGGUGCAGCAGCGCCGGCGCGCGGCGGGGGCGCGCGCGCGGUGGCGCCCGCGGGGGCCGGGCGCGUUGCGCCGAGGACGCGAGAUGCUGGAUGCACCCCCCCGCGGCGCGGGCCGCCCCCGGCGGCGUGGGGUGCGCGCCGGCGCGGGAUGCCCUGGCGCUCGAGGCGCUGAGCCGCCAGGAGUUCCACGUGCUCGUGCGCUCCAGGCAGUCCAUGAGGCGCACGGAGCUGCUCAGACAACAGGUCUCCGAGCUAGCGGAGGGCCAGAUCCUCGCGCUGGGGGCCCGCACGGCGGGCGCCAACGGCGAGUUUGCCGCAGGCGACGUUGGCCACGGGGAGAUCCUGUCCGACGGCAAUUGGGUUCUCAUCACCUGGCCGAACGGCACGCAGACCAAGACCGUGUGGCCGAACGUCAGCUGGUACGCUGGCAGGCCCCGAGGUGCGCCGGCGGGCGACGGCCGCGCGGCCGCGGAGUCCCCGACCGCUCGCCGCGCGGCGGCGGCCUUCCCGAUGACCUGACGCGGGCGGCCGCGCGCGCCGCGGGCGCGCGACGGCGGCUCGAAGCGAAGCCGAGGGGCGCGCGGCGCGCAGGCCGAA